AUGUCUCUGCUUCCCUCUGUCCCUCUCCCUUUCCCCAUCUCUCCACCACCACCCCACCCCUCCUCUCCCCUUCGCUGUCUGCAGGUUUUUGGGUUGGAAUUAGUGGAAAUUGAUGCGAAAACACAUGCCUACAUUCUGGUGAACAAGCUGCAGCGAACAGAGGGCGACACUAUGAACUGGGGCGAUGCUACACCCAAGAUGGGGCUCCUGAUGGUCAUCCUCUCCAUUAUCUUCAUGAAGGGCAACGUGCUGAAGGACUCCUUGCUGUGGCACACGCUGAAAAAGCUUCGCAUUGACCCCAGCGAGAGGCACGAGGACUUCGGAGACGCGAGGAAGCUGAUCACAGAGGAGUUUGUCAAGCAGAAGUACCUGGAAUACGUGAGGAUCCCGCACACGGAUCCCGUCGAAUACGAAUUCCGUUGGGGUCCCAGGGCUACAAAAGAAACCUCCAAGCUGAAGGUCCUGGAGUUCGUCGCCAAGAUGCACAAUGACCAGGAUCCCAAGACGUGGCUGACACAGUACAAGGAAGCCCAGCAGGAGGCGGCAGCGGCUCCGAGGAACUGACCGGGC